AUGAUAACCUGUGCUUUCUUCCUCACAUUGCUACUAAUUACAGUUUUUGGCGGCAAAAUUGAAGAGGAGGGCGCAAAUGUGCACAAAUCUAAAGAAAGCGCCAUUCGCAACUGUACUUGGAAAAAAUUAAGAGAAUCAGGCAGUAAUAACAUUAUUCAGGUAGAAGAAACCUCAGACUCAAGAAGAAGGUUUUCGAAUUUAAGAUUCAUCAAGCACAAUUACUUUUUAGAGAAAAGUCAUCAUGAUCAAACAGCAAGGCCUCCUGGGUGUCCUCCAUGCCGUAAGUUCUCACCAUGUUUUUCGUUUACACGGCGGCCUUAUCCUAAACACACGAAACUGUGUCGAAGUGCCAAUCGUGAGAGCUAAGAGAUGAGAUCAUUAUAUUUGCUUGGACUCAGCAGUGAGACUUAAUUACUUUAUAUCAUCUACAAUUUCUCGUUGAGUAUAUUGCAAGGAAUCUUCUCUUGCAGUUCUUAUCGACAAGUUUGUUUUUGCUCUCUUUUGACGGAUUGAUUGGUCGAUUGACUGAUUGAUUGAUUAAUUGACUGAUUGAUUGAUUGAUUGAAUGAAUGAUUAUUUUUUCUUCUUCUUAGCUCUUUUACGAAAGCCAAGUCCAUGUAAGUAAGAUAAGUAUACAUUUCUUUAUUUUGUUCACAAAUAUUCAUUUUGUUUCAUUCGGUCAGGAUCUGAUGGAGUAAAGGUCGCCAGAUACACUAUAGUAUGUGGUUUGACGUUACAUUUUCAGAGUGGUAUAUUUUGACAUCUUGUUUGUUUUCAGUUUGCAAUGCUGACAUGGACCUGGGAUUUGUGGUUGAAGCCUCAGCUAGCGUGGAAAGGCACGGGCAAGGAAAUUUUAAAAGGAUUCUUGACUUUGUGGAAUGGACUGUAGGGAAAUUUUCCAUUUCACCAACCAAAACGCGCGUUGGUCUGGUAACCUACGGUGCUAAAACUGAUUUAGUAUUUGAUUUUCAGAGGUAAAUAUUAAUUUAUUAAAUAAACAUUGUUGGGGUUUAGUUCAAUCUUUGUUCCCAAUUGGUAACUCAGCUACAAAUUCUUAUCUGGCACGAAAAGGCAUAUUUAAUUUUUGCGGUAUGCCAUACCGCAAACACAUCGGUUCACCUUCACCCGAUGUGUUAAAAGUCGGUACCAAUCGGGUAGACUUCCUACAAGUCGACCUCACGAGUUCUUUGCAAGCGAAGCGAGCUUUUGAGGUCGCGAAGCGACGAAGUUGCGAGAGGUCUUCGUCCCGCGCCAUAUUAAAUCGGACGAAGGACUUUUAUGAAAGUCUACCAAUCGGGCCAAGUUCCCUCCACUUCAUAUCAGUAGCAAAAAGUUCCUAUAAACCUGCGUUAGAUACCCUUUAUUUACAGAUUAUAUUAACGAAAUAGUGAGGGGGAGGCAGCGUGGCUGAGCGUUGGACUCGCAAUCCGGAGGUCAUGAGUUCCCGCAGUCCUGCGCAUGUUCGUCUGACCAAGAGGUGGAUUCUGGCGCAGAUUUUUCUCUUCUGCCAUUUUGUACAAAAGCCUUUAUCUAUAGCAUCUACCAUUCACAUGGCAAUAAGUGUACUUCAGGGCUAAGUACAGGUCUUUUGCAGGGAUUUACAAUUACACCACUUAACUCAAGUAAAAUUAUACUCGCAAGGUGGUUAGUGUACUUAUAUUUGGCGGCUUUGUAUCGUAUUUUCAGCCCACAGAGGAAAUCUGCUAUUGUGCGCGCUCUGCGGAAAGCUUCAAAGCAAAGUUUAACGAGCUCUAAUACCGGUUAUGCUCUCAGUAUGGCAGGAUACUAUUUAUUUGGCACGACAACGUCCAGGAUGUGCCUAAAAUUCUGA